GCAACUCGCAUUCACAUUGGCAUGACCUGCAGCUUUUUUAGUCUGGUGUACCUUCAUCUCAGUAUACAAACGACACCUGAAGGCAGGCAUGUCUCAACAUAAACCAGUCGCACAGGAAAUGCUAAUGACCACUUCUUAGGAAGACAUUCUUGGACGGGGUCCACGUGCCUGUGAGUGUAUAUAAGGAGGUUCAGAGAUGAUGAACCUCAGUCCUGCACACUCAGGCAGCUCAAGAAGAGAAGGAGACGCACAGCAGCAGAGAUCCUUCAUAUUUGAGAAGAAUAAACCAGUUGAAGACUGAGCCUUUAGUAGAUCCUCAAAAACUGAAAAGCUUUAAGAUGAAGACAAGUGUUGCCAUCCAGUGCAUCGUUCUCCUGGCCUGCAUGGCCCUUUGCACUUCACUAGUUAUUCCAAGGUGCCGGUGUUUGAAGACCAGUAAGUCUGUAAAGAUCGCUCUCAUCGCUCAACUCAAGGUGGAUGAGCCUCGUCCACACUGCAACAGGAGAGAAGUCAUUGUCACACUGAAGAAUGGGAGUGAACAGUGUCUCGAUCCUGAGUCUAAAUUCACCAAAACGCUGCUGGAAAAACUGAAUCAGAUGAAAAAAACAGUCAUCAGCCCCCAAACAACCACAGCAUCAACCACAGUGCCAGAAUCAUCAUGAUCCACUUUGUAUGUUUAGUGCUGGUACAAGAUCAGCGUGGAUCAAGAAGAAGGAGCAGCACAGCUCUAGUUCUCAUCACAAAAUAGAAAUGCAACUCAUCCUUCAGUUCUGAUUAAUAAGCAUAUGUAUAUAUAUUUUAUACACAUAUAUAUUUAUUUUUGUAAAGUGCUGAUGUAAGACUGAUGUAAUAAAACCAUGAUUAUUUAUAUCAGAGGUGAACUUCACGUGUAUUUUUACAAGUUUUGUUUGGGUUUUUUUGUAUUCUGAUAUGUACAACAGUGACU